UCUACGAACAGGGUGGGCUUCACGGCAUCGCUGUUGGAAUUAAAUCUUGUUGUUUACGAUAAUUCAUGUUUAAUUAGACUUGGUUUUGUUAAUUACGUCAUGUGUUAGACGUACGUGUUGCAGAUGCUAGCACGAUUGUCGUUGCAGAUAAACAAACCGGCAUUCGAAAUUCGAUACGCGUGCUGUAACCGAAUUCCACAUGUUGUGUUGGUACGACACGUUUCUUAUCUCGAUCGUACCUACCAUACCAGCUGAAAAGCGCGUGCCUACAGAUCGAGAUCGAUCGAAGAAGCGCGCGCGUAACCAACAAUCCCGCAGCAGGUACAGAGCAUCUGCCAUACCCAUGGAGGACGACCAGGUAGCGGCUGCUGCGCGGGACCUCGCCGCAUUGUCCAUGCUGCUCCUCCGCCACCUCGGCUGCCACCACCAACAAGAGGAACUCCAGAUCAACAUGGCCUUCUCGCCCAUGUCCUUCCACGCCAUCCUCUCCCUCCUCGCGGUCGGAGCCACGGACACCGUGCGCGACCAGAUAAACUUGUUCCUCGGCCCCGCCGGUGACGAUGCGCAUGCUGCCCUCGCCUCGAAGGUGGCCUCCUACGUCCUCGCGACCCACGACGUCAACGAGGACGAAGACGACGACGCGCCGCCGCCCGAGGUCCGGUGCGCCACAGGUAUCUGGGUGGACUCCUCGCUUGUCCUCAAGCCCGCCUUUGCGGCCAUGGCCGCCUCCAGGUACAAGGCAGAGGCGCGAGCCAUCUCCUUUAGAGGCAUGCUUGCGCAAGCCAGAGCUGAGAUCAAUGAGUGGAUCGAGGGCAAGACCGGCGGCCACUUGAAAGGCCACCUCCCUGAGAGCUCCAUCGGCGCCUCCACGCUUGUCGUCCUCGCCAACGCCCUCUACUUCCGAGGCUACUGGUACGACCACUUCCUGCCGGACAUGACACGGGAUGGCACCUUCUACGUCUCGCCUGGCCACGAGGUCACCGUGCCCUUCAUGGAGGGAUGCUACCUCCAUGACAGGAUGCACAUCGGUUGCCAUCCCGGCUUCAAGGUCCUGCGGAUGGCCUACGCCUCCAGCACGUGCGAGCAGCGAUUCUCCAUGUACAUCUACCUCCCGGACGACCGCGACGGCCUGCCCGGUCUGGUGCACGAGCUAAGCUCCAACCCGGCCGCUUUCCUUCACAUGCCCGAUCAACGGGUCCCUGUCGGCGAGUUCAAGAUCCCGAAAUUCGACGUGUCCCUCAAGGUGGAGGCCUCCCGUCUCCUUGGAGAGCUCGGGCUGGACCUGACGUUUUUUCGUCCCGCCGGCGACUCCUUCUCCGAGAUGGUGGCGCUGGUCAAAGAAGACGAUAAUGAGGACAUGCUGCCAUCUAUGGCUGUACCCUCAAUCGUCCACCAGUGCUCCGUCCAUGUCAACGAGAAAGGCACCGUCGCGGCAGCAGCCAUCGCGCUGGAGAUUCUGGGGUUUGGCAUAGACACUCCUGAUGAGCCUGUUGCCGACUUCGUCGCCGACCACCCCUUCCUUUUCUUCAUCAAGGAGGACCAUCACCAUGGUGGUGUAGUUGUAUUCGCUGGCCAGGUCGUUGACCCUUCACCACACUAGUUAAUCAAUUAUAUAGUU